UUGGUAGAAAGGGAAUAAGCGGAGGUUGAAACAGGAGACAGAAAACGUCUCAAAGUCGGUGUGUGGGGAUUUUACUUCUUCCGAGGAGCUGUUGGGCACGCGCCUGCUCCUGUGUGCGUUGUCGGGCGGAUUAGAUGAGGAUCACUUCACGAUGAGGAGCGACCCUGUUCUGUUCACGACCAGUAGGGCAAUGGAGGAGCUGGUGUGUGAGCUUCGUCUGUUCCUGGACCUGCUGGACAGGGAGUAUCUGAGUGCCGGGGUCCGAGAGAAGAAGAUGCACCUCUCCAACAUCCUCCACAGAGUCCUCUCCGACAAAGAACCUUCAUUCAAGUCAGAGAUCCACAGUGGUCUACCGGCCCCACCUCAGAUGCCCCUCCCUGAGAUCCCUCACCCCUGGCUGCCUGCAAACAACGGCCCUCCUCCACUGCCCAGCUCCUCUCUACCAGAAGGCUACUAUGAGGAGGCGGUUCCUUUAAGCCCUGGAAAGGCUCCUGAAUACAUCACCUCCAACUAUGACUCAGAUGCCAUGAGCAGCUCCUAUGAGUCGUACGACGAGGAAGAGGAGGAUGGGAAGGGCCAGAAGAUGCAUCACCAGUGGCCGUCUGAAGAGGCGUCCAUGGAUCUGGUGAAGGACGCCCGGAUCUGUGCAUUCCUGCUGCGCAAGAAACGCUUCGGCCAGUGGACCAAACUCCUCUGUGUCAUAAAAGAUAACAAACUGCUGUGUUACAAGUCUUCCAAAGACCACACCCCCCAAAUGGAGCUCACCCUGUCUGGGUGCAGCAUCACACACAUCCCCAAAGAUGGAAAGAAGAAGAAGCACGAACUGAAGAUCGUCCACCAGGGGGCAGACGCCCUGGUGUUGGCUGUGCAGAGCAAAGAACAGGCUGAGGAAUGGCUAAAGGUGAUGAGAGAGGUGUGUGUUAAUGGGAGCGUAGACUUGGAUGGAGCUGGAGCUGGAGCUGGAUCUGGAUCGCCUGUGCACAAACCUGAACUGGAAAAGAAGGCAUCAUGUGACAGGCCGAGCUCCGAUGGAGAGGCGGCGCAUGAGAAUGGACACAGUGACUGCAAGGAGCAAGGAAAAGGAAAGAAGAACUCAAAGUCAGAGCACAAGACAGGGACAGUGGGGAAAGGUGCAGGGAAGAAGAUCACUAAGAUCAUCGGGCUGGGUAAGAAGAAGCCGUCCACAGAUGAGCAGACCUCGUCGGCAGAAGAAGACGUACCCACAUGUGGUUACCUGAACGUGUUGUCCAAUAACCGCUGGCGGGAGCGCUGGUGCCGCCUGAAAGACAACCAGCUGCUCCUCCAUAAAGACCGAGACGACCUGAAGAGCCACAUUGCCUCUCUGCCUCUCCGAGGCUGCGAGGUCAGCCCCGGCCUCGACCACAAGCACCCCUUUGCCUUCCGCCUGCUUCGUAACAGCCAAGAGGUGGCUGUACUGGAGGCCUCCUCCUCAGAGGAGAUGGGUCGCUGGUUGGGGGUUUUGUUGGCAGAGACUGGCUCCACCACGGACCCAGCCACCCUGCACUAUGACUACAUCGACGUCGAGACCACCGCCAACGUCAUCCAGUUGGCCAAGCAGUCCUUCUGUUUCACCAGUAAGCGUGCUGUCUCCCCUAACCCGUACCUGGACAACCCAGUCAACGGCUAUGCCUGCCCCACUGGAAUGGCUCUGCACUAUGAUGAUGUGCCCAUUAAUGGAACGCUGAAGGGAAAGAAGGGCACAGUCACCAAUGGGAUGACAUCAAAACAGAAGGCAGAGCCAAAGAACCAGUCCAAGAAGAAUGGAGUUCAUGGGACAGCCUCUCUGAAACGCAACAACUCCAAUGCAGAGCAGUGCAAGUAUGGGAAGAACCGUGUGGAGGCAGACGCCAAACGGCUGCAGACCAAGGAGGAAGAGUUGAUGAAGAAGAAGCAGGAGAUCAGGAACCAUCUGACCCAGCUGAAAAAGGAGAGGAGAGACAUGCGCACUGCUGUGGAGGCUGCUGCUGGCAAGCGUUCUCAUGGCUCCCUGUCGGAGCGGCUUAAGAAGGUGGAGGAGGACUGCCGGCAGAAGGAGGAAGAGAGGGUGAACCUGGAGCUGGAGCUGACAGAGGUGAAGGAGAGCCUGAAGAAGGCCCUGAGCGGAGGGGUCACUCUGGGCCUUACCAUUGAACCAAAAGCUGGCUCCUCUGGCCUCCAGUCACCCUCAAUGUUGAGACGGACACAGGAGUCUUCUCCUUUCUCCAGCUGCGACACCAGUGACACAGAGUCCUGCUCCCUGCCAGUCAACAGCGCUUCGCUGCUGCGCCGACAGCAGGGCGGUCAGAAGGCCUCACCGGUUCGUGGACACGUCCUCAGGAAGGCCAAGGAAUGGGAGCAGAAGAACGGCACAUAAACCACUCAACCCCUCACAUCAGUCUCACUUUAAGUCCUUUUCUUCUUUUUAAGAAAUUGUCUAUAUAUUUAUUUAUAGCUGUUCAUACAGACCGAUAGCAUGGAGGAGGACACAGUCAUAGCAUUCACAUGGACCAAAACAAGUGGCUGGUUUUAGUAUACUGUAAGUACCACAGCAUACAGACAUAGCAACCUUUUUAAACGUUUGAACUAGUGAGCAGGCUUAGUGUACUGAGGUGUGCAGCUUGUGUUGUCCACUGUACCUUCUUUUUUAAGCAAAGACCAGUCUUUUUUUUCCACUCAAAUUCUUACAGCAGUUUGGGUUCAAAAAGAUCAAAGUCAAAACCAAGUAUUUAUUUGUAAAUGUUUAAAGGAAAUACUAGCUUCCCUUUGUUUAUUUAUGUUGAUUUAUUUAAAGGGUUUUUUGUAGAAUUUGGUUAAUUAAUGAUUAUCAUUCAUGGGUGUCAGCAUCGGCACACAAAGUGCACCUUUAAGGGUCACAAUAAUCAUAACACACACCAGCUGUGAAACAAUGCAGCUCCUUUCUAAGAGUUAUUUCAAGAAGCAGUUAUUUGACUUAUUCUAUCAUCCGAUAAGCUGAAAACCACUGAAACACUGGGAGGUUGACUUGCAUGGCUGUGACACAUGUUCAAAUGAAUACAAGGCUGAGCCUGGACCAGAGAAGAGGCGCAUGAAGUGCAUAAGAACUGCAUAUGUUGAUCCGACUUGUUAUUGUUGGGUCAGCGCAAAGACAUUUUUACGCACAAAAAGUAAUAUAUCACUAGGAAUUUUUUCCAACCAAUCCAUGGUCAGACUAAUUCACAAUUGCAUUUUUAUGUCCGUAUCCAAAGUGAAAUUUGAUGGUAUAUGUGGGUAAUGGUGAAUCCCCUGUUUAUUAAGUCUAUUUCCUGAGAGAAACCGUCAUUUAUGGGAUAUAGACAUCCAGCAUACUUUCCUUUCCUGGACGUCUAUAUAACUCAAAAAUGGACAAAAGUCAAGCAUCUAUGAGUUCCUCUGUAUAUGAAUCAGCCAGAACCCUGAGUCUCUUAAUAUGUCCAUGGCUUUUCUGCCCUCGAACCCAUAUACAUGUACGUUCCUGUACUCGUGUAGUAGUAGUUUACUGUACUACUACUAGAUCAUGAACUCAAAGAAAUAACAAAAACCUCUGACCUCUGGUUCCAUGUGGCUGUGCAGAGCUGUGGUUUUAUCUGAUUUAUGACAUGUUUGAAGAUUACUUGAACAUCAAUGUGUCUUUCCAUAAACAGUGACAUUAACAGUGACAGGAACUACUGUAUUCAUUCAGUAGGAAAUAUUCCUAAAUGAACCCAUUAGUAAAAUAACUGGCUGGAUGCCACUAGGGGUAAUUAAGAAAAGGUUUUUUAUGUGAACUGUCCCCUUAACUUUUACAUCUAUAUUGACUGAAGCGUAGAGUAUAAUAUUGAUUUGUGUUAGAAUAAUUUAUUCCUAAUAAAUAAAUAAAUAUU